AGCUUGCAGGGCACGGAAGCGCACAAACGGCCCGCACCAUCUUCGCGCCAAAUUGCAACCGAUUGCAGCCCGAUUGAGCCCGGCAGCCGUUCAGCCUGACGCAGCUUGCAUCGCGGACAGUUUUACGCAGGCCGGCCUACAGACCCUCCUCAUCAACCCUGUGCAGCACCAUGUCAGAGCCAGCAGGGCUGGGCAUGUCUCUUGAUGACAUCAUCAAGAAGCAGGAGGUGGAGCAGGCCGGCGGCUACGGCAAGCAGCGGCGAGGUGGGCGCGGUGGCCGCGGCGGCGCCGCCCCCGCCGGCGGACGCGGCGGCCGGCAAGCGGGCGGCGCAGGGCAGCAUGGCGGCCGGCAAGGGGGUGGCAGGGGGCGGCACGACGGGCACGGCGGCGGCGGAGGCCGGCCUCAGCAGCAGCGGUACGACCUGCGGCAGCAGCAGCAGCAGCAGGAGGCCGACGACUACCGCCACCUGCAGAAGUGCUGGCUGGAGGAGGGCAGCGGCGACGUCGUCUUCCGCUUCAUGGCCACCGAAAUCGUGCGCAUCGACGGGGCAGGCAACAUCACGCUGCAGGCGGGCGGCCACCUGAACAGCGUGACCCUGGCCUCCAUGAACGACGCGCUCAACCUCAUCGGCAUCCGCGUGACAUGCCCCAGCGGCGACGUGCGGUCUGGCGAGUGGAGCAUCAGCGACGGGCGCAGCCUGACGCGGUUUGCCGAGGGCGUGGUGCUGCCCGCCAAGGGGCCGCAGCAGGCGGGCCGCGCCCGCCAGCUGCUGCUCGCCUUCAACUCGCCCAACCGCGUGCAGCAGGCGGCGGCGGCGGCGGCCUCCAACGCAGCGGCAGCCAUGGCCGGGGUGCUCCCCUUCAUGGGCCUCAUCCCCCCGGGGAUCCCUGCCAGCCACCCGGUGGCCGCACCCAUCAACGGCGCCGCCGCCAAGCCCAGCGUCUUCUCUCGCCUGGGCGGCAAGCAGCAGGAGCAGCAGCGCUUCGCGCCCUACUGA